AUGUCAUGCUGUACCUUCACCCUCCUCCUCCUCCUCCUCCUCCUCCUCCUGGUGGGACCAUCCCAAUGGGGCCAGGGGCACUGUACAGCCACCCCAGAGCCCCGGGGCAGAGCCACGUUCCUCCAUAGUCCUGCAGCCUCACUCUCCAUCCCGUGGGACACGCUGACCUUCCCAGAGCACAGACACGGCCUCCAGCGGCAGAAGAGGGACUGGGUCAUUCCCCCCAUCAACUGCCCUGAGAACGACCGGGGGCCCUUCCCCAAGAAGCUGGUGCAGAUCAAAUCCAACAAGGACAAGGAGACCAAGGUUUUCUACAGCAUCACAGGACAAGGAGUGGACACUAUCCCUAUGGGCAUCUUCAUCAUCGAACAGGAGACAGGGUGGCUGGAGGUGACGAAGCCUCUGGACCGGGAGGAGAAGGAUAAAUACACACUCUAUGCCCAUGCUGUGUCAGCCAACGGGCAGCCUGUGGAGGACCCCAUGGAGAUCAUCAUCACCAUCACUGACCGAAACGACAACCCACCCAUCUUCUCCCAGGCAGCUUUCCAUGGGUCUGUGCCAGAGGGAGCUGAGCCAGGCAUGCCAGUGCUGCGGGUGCUGGCCACUGAUGCAGACGAUGCUGUGAGCUCCAACAAUGGAGUCGUGGUCUAUUCCAUCCUGAGCCAGGCACCGGAGCAGCCCCAGCCCCGCAUGUUCACCAUAGACAGCAGCUCCGGGCUGAUCUCUGUGGCCGUGCCAGGGCUAGUGGCAGAGGUGGUCCCUGAAUAUACGCUGGAGAUCCAGGCAGCCGACAUGGGGGGACACGGGCUGCAAGCCACCACCACCGCCCGCAUCACAGUGCAGGCUGACAGCAUGUCCGAUGCGGGGAAGGGUUCCCUGACCACCCCUGCCUUGCGUCAUCCGCCUGGACCAGCUGGUGGAGCCGGGCCGCAGUGGAGGGAGCUGGCACAAAGGUACACGGACACGGAUGGGCGCUGCCGGCCCCUCCUGGCAGCGGGACAGGCCAAGGCCGGCACCUACAAGCUGCACUUUGAGACAGCACCGUAUUGGCAGGGGCUGGGGCACACCAGCUUCUACCCCUAUGUGGAGGUCAUCUUCACCAUUACUGAUCCAGCACAGAAGCUUCAUGUCCCACUGCUGAUCAGCCCCUACUCCUACACAACGUACCGGGGCAGUUAGGGGGGCACAGCCUCCCCUCAGGGAUGCAGGAACGAUGCCACUAAUGCCAUUAAAGGCUCCAAACACCACCAUUUGUCUCAAAAAAUCACCUUCUGGUUGGGG